GCUGAGGCCCACUUCUCUCUGGUCCACUACGCUGGCACUGUGGACUACAACAUCGCCGGCUGGCUGGACAAGAACAAGGACCCCCUGAACGAGACCGUGGUCGGGCUGUACCAGAAGUCUGCAAUGAAGACUCUGGCUUACCUCUUCUCUGGGGCAGCAGCUGCUGAAGCAGAGUCUGGCGGUGGCAAGAAAGGUGGCAAGAAGAAGGGUUCUUCUUUCCAGACCGUGUCUGCUCUCUUCAGGGAGAAUUUGAAUAAGCUGAUGACCAACCUGAGGAGCACUCACCCCCACUUUGUACGCUGCAUCAUCCCCAACGAAACCAAGACUCCAGGGGCCAUGGAGCAUGAACUUGUCCUGCACCAGCUGCGGUGUAAUGGGGUGCUGGAAGGGAUCCGCAUCUGCAGGAAGGGGUUCCCAAGCAGGAUCCUUUACGCAGACUUCAAACAGAG